GCUGAAGCCGGCAAAGACAGGAUUUCAGAUUGCAAAGCUACGGCAGAGUUGUUAUUUCGCCGUCGCGAUGCUUUGUGGCCAAUCGUGCAAAAAUUGAUGUUGGUGUAGCACCGUGUCAAAGUUAUUGAAGUACGAAGAUACAGGAACGGCAUCAGGAUGAAGAAGGCCGUAUAAGCGAAUAUAUGUUAUAAGUUUGUAAAAAGAUACACAUAUGAGACCAUCGCUUCUAGGUUGUAGAGGGCCAGUGUAUUAGCGUACAGCAGCAUUGGCUAUAUAACGAGUAUCGGAACAUUAUGUAAUCGGAAAACGUUUUAACGGUCAGUCAGCUGGAAACGAACAGCGAUUCUUCAAUGCUUUCUUGAGAAAUUGUGUGUGUUUUUUUUAUUGGCUAUAGUCGUAUGUGAAUGGGGCAAAGGCAACUUCCACGUCAAAACAUGCCCGGAUGCUUACGGAAAUCAAUUUCCAGUUGCGAGUGCAUUGAUCAAAUGACUGUGUUCGAGUGUGAGUGAGUGAGUGAGUGAGUGAUCGUGCUUGUCCUAAGCGUUAAGUGUCGCAGUGAGAUCGCGGUGUCUUGUGGGGCAUUUGGGGUGACUGUGCUGUUGGAUUAAAAAAUGCGACCCCUUGCCACUAGGAGCACGUGGAUGGCGAUGACGGUAACCAGCAUCUCUUCAAACAGAGUAACACCAACAACUGGCGGAAGAUAUGAUAAACUGAAUCAACGACUGCAAACCUUAUCGUUAGUGGAGAAGAACUGUGGUAAAAAUCGCCUACAUUGAAAGUGCAUCAGAGUCCACUCUAGACUCGAACUGCAAUAGAAGCAGGCUGUAGAGAUCCAAUAGGGCAUUAACUUCUACAAGGGCCGCCUUACAUGCUCAGACUCUACUGUUAAAGGGAAUGACGUCGACUACUGAAGCAUUCCGCAUUAAAAGUCGUAAAUACUAUGACCGUAUGUCUUUAAAGUGGAUCAAAGACGAUCCAGCUCGAGUCGGGGAGGAGAGCGCUAAUAUCAUACGAACUUUUUUUUCGCUAGGUAGCGGAAAAUACGCUGGUCUUCGAACUUCAACAAAUAGGUCUCCGGCUAGGGGGUACGGAUGUAGCGAUUUCAGCUUGACACGCAGCCUUCACAAAAAAGAAAAAAUCAACUGGGGUUCAAGUGUACUGAACUGAAGCGUCCAUGUGCCAUAUGUCGACAUAAAUCAUCAAGCAUCAUUUGCCUGCGUCGUCAACAGCCUCCCAACUGUCUCUAUUCAUUUACAGCAGCGGGACAAGGAGAUGUAAACAUGUCGUCUUUCAAACCAAAUUCCUUCGAAGUAGUUAUUUACUACCAGAAGUGGACAUCCAAUUCAAUCAUCAUUGAACGGGCAUCCAUAUCCGGAAACGUCAAGCAAAAAUAGCGGUCAUACUCUGUUCUGUUCGCUUGAAACACGCUGCGGGCUACUUACCGUGGCACCUAUUGAUCAAUACUACUACUACAACUGGCCCUAAUCUUAUCUCUGCCUUAUAUUUAAUGAUAUUGUUCGACAUUAAUCAACAAUAAAACAUACGCAAAGGAUGACAUCGCUACCAUAAAUCAACCUGAUAGUCAUUUAACGAUGGUAGUAGGGAAAAGUUUACCGGGUCAAACCCAAAACGGAUAGGGUUUGUCGUUGUCGACUGCCCUGCAGUCUGGCGAUGCCAGCAGUUUUGAUGGUCCGACUUGUUUACCAAGAGCAGCAAUCAAUGCGCGGCUAUUGUUCCGCAAAAGUUCCGUUAUCAGCGCUAAUCUUCUAGAUAACCUACCAUCAUUAGUAUCCCGCUUGUUACCGGACGGUGGUUCAAGGUUCGCACUCAACACUACGAUUCAGGUCUGAAUUCCAAAAGCCAAAAGCAAAACUAAAUGUAAACAACAGGCAACACUGGUAGACAACUAAAUAAAACAAGUGAGAGGUAAGAGAACCUCAAAACUCGUUUCGCAUCUGAGUGACGUUCCCAAUUGACCAAUUACCCAUCUGACCUUCGUAGGGCCAUCCGGCCGACAUUAAGUAUAUGACCUAGGCCAUUGUAUCGACCCACAGAUUACUGGCAGUGAUCAUGUCUGUCACACCCACGGGCAAUUUUAGCACACUCAUCACUGUCACUCAAUCAUGUUUUCGAUAUCGGCGCUAUUACUAUUGCUGUUGUCGUUCAUCAUCCGGAAGACGUUUAAACAUUCGAUAACAAAUAACUGAUUAGUUAAUUGUAAGGGCCUACAGACCUUGAAGAAAACUGGGCCACAGUCGGCCAAGUCCAUUCUUACAAGCCGACCUAAACACCAUCCAGCUAGCAACAAUAGGGAAAAUUCGCCGGUCGAUCGCUGCUAAUUGGACCGCCACCAUCAGGCAAGCAGAUUACGUCGGGGACGUCAACUAAAAUAACACCAACAGUUAGGAAGACGGCGAAUUCGGUAGUAAGAGCAAAAAGGACUGCCUUAAAAUCCGCAGCAAUGUGGAACGGUGGAAGCGGCAGCGGGGUUGGUGGGGGCGUGGGAACCGAUAGCUUUUCGCCAGGCCUCAUCGAAGACGACACUCCGACGCUCCCGGGGGACAAGAAAUGGAGAAGACUCUGCGCAUAUCUGUCAGUUCUGCUAGCACUCAGCAUCGCUGGUGUGGGCUCAUGUUUUGCUGUGGCCGUAUAUCUCGGCCAGGGGGCUGGCCUCACUUACCGGACAGACAUGGAAGUCUUGCUUAUAGGAAGCCCAAUCAUUAUUCCAGGUUUACUUGCGUUGUAUCUGUGUACGCGCAACUGUUGCGGGGUCAUCUUGAACCUGUUCUUCUCGUCGGCUGCGGUUGGCUGCGGAGUGGGCCUCUACUUAUCGGGUUUCUCCCGCUCGCUAGGGAUCAUGUUCAUCAUUGUCGGCCUCCUGAUGAUGGUCGUCAUUAUCCUUGCUCUUAUCUACCACAAAUUCACGGGCAAAACACUCUGCUACUACGAAGACUAUGAUGACGAUUCAAUCUGGGGCGGAAUGGGUAUGAAUGAGAGCGUGUUCGCCCUGCAAAGGGCCUACCCCAACUGCGCCCCACUGCGCAGGCUCAACUCCUCCAUUCGGAGAGGGUCGCAGCGUUGGCGCAGCAGCUUUCGGCGCAGUCUGGGUAAAAAAUUUCAUCACCAACAGAGUCACGAGCCUCAUCACAGUCACAAUCAUAGUCAUCAAAACCAUAAGCAUCAUUAUAACCAUGGUGGCGAACGUCCCACAGGCGCGACUCUAGUGCUACCAUCUGGGGCUAGCCUCGUCACAAACGGCGGCGCCCAGGCCAGCAGCAGCAGCAGCAGCGCCCACAGUAACAAUCCCAGUUUUCAGCAUCGAGCGAGCUUUUGCUUAGGGGAACAAAACAAUCACUUCGGCGACUACAGUCAUAAGCACUCGCAUGCUCUGGGCGCCGCUCACCAGCGGAGACCUAGUCAUAUCACGGAAACGAGCUCUCUGUGCAUCCAUCAUCAGUUACCGCACCAUCAGAUCCAAUGCAGCUUCAUAAUCCCACACGUCGGUGGGACCUCCACCAGGAACCCCUCUUCUCCAAAGAGGCAACCGCAAGCUCAACAACAGCAAAACAGCAGCGGCACAGAAGAUCACUCGACCACACAGCUGGCAGGCGCGAGUUACUCAUCGGAGGUAGGCGGCGCUCCCCCUCUUUCGCCACGACUGCCCUGGCAUUUAGCGAAGGAGGCAACCGUGUUUGUUCCGCCCGGUCACCAGACCCCGAUGAGCUUGCAGGGCCUGCAGAGACUCCAUCACCACCAUGUACACCAUCGUGGGCCCGGGGAACUCCCCAUCCACCACUUGCCCGAUCAGUUUCACACACAGACCCAGAAUACGAUGCCGCCCAGCUCGGUGCCAGAAGGACUCCCGCAUAUCCAUCUGGCCAACGCAGUUGUUCAGCAGCACUCCCCAGUCCAGGGGCAGGGGCAAAUACAGACAACACCGUCAGGCAGCAGCAACAGCAACGACACUCACCAGGGACAGCAACAGCAACAACAUCCGGAUAUCGACCGGAUUUGCCUCUCGCGUCACCUGCAACAACAACAGCAGGGGUCCUUUGGCCUUCAGAAAGGCAGCGGUCAAUUGGCUUACGAGGCUGGCGGCUCUUCUCGGAGCACGCACUCCAUUCAUUCUAGUUCGUCUCCGAGACGAUGUGGUCGAUGCAGUAGUAUCAGUUCAUCCCGGGAAUUGGCCUUCAAAAUGGACACCAUUUCUUCCAACCGCUCACACAGCACCUCCAACCCCAGCAGCCCCAGUCAAUAAAGCAGGGUUACCCAGAAUCGUUGACAUCCUAACUUCUCUUUUGUUUUGCCUGUUCCAAAAAGACGGCCGUCUAUUUGUUCAACAAUGCAACAUUCGGCAAUGUGAUACAAACUCGUCAAAAAGAUAUGACUAACCGCUAUGGACAUCACAGCGAUAUAGAUCAGUUUUAAAGGCAUGUAUAAAUAAUAAUCGAACCAUCAAGUAACCUGAAAAAAUGCUACUCGUAGCUCAAUUUCGGGCUUCCGAGAUGCGAGAAAAGCAAGGAGGGCGAGGGUAAAGGUAACACUUUCAGAGCAAAAAUAACCGAACUCGAGUAGAAGGCAAUGCUGACUGUGAAGCUAUGACAAGAACAGAUGUCCUCAGCGCAACAGGCCUCGGAAAGCGCAUGAAAAUCGGAUCCGUCAAUCGCUCUGGAAUUGCUCGUAUCAGAUCUGUUCACCAUGCAAGUCACCUGAGCACCUCUUGCUGUUAAUGGAGAAACAAGAAAUCGCCAACAAGGUCAAAGACAGAGUCGAAGAGCUCUAGUUCGACUAACCUCGAUCUCAGACGAAGGUCUAAAUCGACAGUCUACGCCACGCCCUAGACAAUCUACAACCGCUCACUGUCACAAUUCACGCUUGGCGUACCCGCCAUAGUUACUUGCUGGUGACAUACAUCGAAAAUAUAAACACAAGCAAAUGCAGCGUUGCAUUAUCGGUGCGUCGCAUAUAAUUAGUUGCUAAUUGUUGCGUCCUGUCUUGAGGCCCACAGCGCUGCAGAACCAAGAUGAAGACCUAAGCCAAUGGUGACGUGUCGAUUAGUGUGCAUUUCAUGAUGUGUGAAAUACACAAAUCAAUGAACGAAAUAACAACACAUUGUGAGUGCUUACUACAUAGAUGCUAUUUAUUUCUAUACGUAAUUUACGAUUCCUUGCAGUAUCGGCAACAAUUUCCCACAAACAAGAUAACACCGGCAAACAAAAGCGAACAUCGACCCCUCUGCCAGCAUGUGUGUGUAUGCAAUAUCACUAUUAAAUGAUAGGGGGCGCUUCCACAAUCAUGGGCGCUUCCAUAAUCAUGGGCGCAAAAUUAAUCAGUGUCCAACAAGGCACGGUAUAUGCAAAAAUUGAGAAAUUUCCUAUAUAUGCUGUAGUAGCAGAAGUAGAACAUAUGAUAAAAUCCAUUUUCUGCCACGUUAAUCACGCAAUGUUUGCUUAAAUUCUCUUCUUUUGUGCCUAAACUAAUAGAAGGAGCAAGACGAUUAACUAGCUCCGACGGAUCGCAAGUUUUCCUAUUUUAGCUAAAUCAGGAAACAACACUUUGCUACGGUCAAGUGUGCAUCAGUAAUAGUAUCAUUAUGGUAAGAAGUAUAGCGUCGAGCUGCAGCAUAUCUAGCUAUAUGAACAUAUGAUCCUAUAUAAACCCCCAGCGAAAAUAUAUAAGGCAAUUAUAUUUUUAGACACCUAUAAGGUAAAUGCAUGCAGCAGGAUCUACUUUAUAUUUGAACACAAAUUGCUAGCUAUAUACGACGGGUAUCUUGCUAUAUAUACAGGCGACGUUGUUACUAAGCAAGUGUACUAUAGAUAUGACUAUAGCCAAAUCAAACUACACUUACUGCAAAAUUCGUUCUCAGUUUUGAACUAUUGUCGGCCAUAUUGGAAUAAUGAUGUAGCAUGAUACAAGCGACAUAAAUAAAAUGAAAAACGGUUAUUACUUGAUAACAUGUUUACAUACCCGACUAGGGUAACGCUGCUACUGCGAAGGGGAAGACGACGACGACGACGACGACGAAGAAGAUUAUGAUGAUGAGGAUUACUAACUCUUAUCAUAAAAAUGUUAGUAGUAAUAUGAAAUUAACAAUAAAAAAAAUUAGUAUAAAAAUACUAGUAGUAAUAACAACUACAUAAUUAUUAAUGCAGUUGUUUUUAACAACCAUUCAAGUUGAAAGGCUGAAAGAGUUUAAGAUCAGUGAUAACAGAACGACGAUGAUCGACUAUCAUCUAUAGCAGUGCGACGCUCGUCGUGCCAGAAGCUCUAUUCGAUAACCUAGGGCAGGCGAAAUCUCUUUUGUAGUUCCACCUACGUAUUUAUCAAGUAAAUGCUACAUGCAGGACUGAAACAUGUUGAACAGUUCUCUGAUCCGAAGGAUUCAAUCAAAAUAAUUUACAUGGACAGCGCUGAUUCGUCGGCUGUGCCCGGAAUUAAUGCGCAGCUUCUGCGAGAUACGACCGAAAAACGUUUUCUUGACGAAUAGUUUUUUACUCGCAAAAUAUCAUGGCUAAUACGCCAACAGCCACUUGCUUAUCAAGUUUUUAUCUAUUAGGCGUUUCCUUUUAAGUUCUUUGCUAAAUUAUGUCCAUUGUGACAAUAACGCGAACAAUCACGCUCUGAAUGGUACUCGAUAUAAAUCCGAGGAAGAACUGUACCCGUUGCACAAAUGGCUCUUCAUCGAAAGCCGGAGAGGCGUUACAUAGAUCGGUCUACCGAGAGGCUUCUAUCUGGCACAGAUAACGUGCACCAUUUUUCUCUAAGAAGUAGCAAGGAUACACAUGUGUUUUAGGUAAGAAUUUAAUGGGUACACCAUUGGAGGACUCACUAUUGCUAAGCUGUAACAAAACAUUUAAAGGGUAUGGCUAUGGCUAUGGUAUCGAGGCUGCUAUGCGAGGAUUUAUGUGAAAAAUUAAAGUUCAUGCGCAAGUUAUGUUUAAUCAUUCAUCCCAUAAAUUACCACAGAAGCUAGUUCUCAGCUCGCGUGUGGAUAAACGACAUGUGAUGGGUGCCCUAUAUGGCUUCAGUAUAUGCACGUGAUUACAUUUUAAGGGAAGAUGCCGGCGUGUGGAUUUUAGGCCGCAGUAGAAGCUAAGACGGGAACUUGACGCAAGUUACAUCCACUUGAAUUGCCUGUAUCAACCAAAUAAUCAAGCAGGAUAUCACCUGGGAUGAUGCCGCGGCUGUCACGUGCCAUAUUGAGAAUAGGUAUUCGAACAAUCACGAGAACAAAGAAAAGACAUUAAUAGCACAA